UCCGGGCGCGGCGCCUGCACCAUGAACUACCAGCAGCAGCUGGCCAACUCGGCUGCCAUCCGGGCCGAGAUCCAGCGCUUCGAAUCGGUCCACCCGAACAUCUAUUCCAUCUACGAGCUUCUGGAGCGCGUGGAGGAGCCGGUGCUGCAGAACCAGAUCCGGGAGCACGUCAUCGCUAUCGAAGAUGCCUUCGUGAACAGCCAGGAGUGGACGUUGAGUCGAUCGGUGCCAGAGCUCAAAGUGGGAAUCGUGGGGAACUUGGCCAGCGGCAAGUCCGCCCUCGUGCACAGGUACCUGACCGGCACAUACGUCCAGGAGGAGUCUCCGGAAGGUGGCAGGUUCAAGAAAGAGAUUGUCGUUGAUGGACAAAGCUAUCUGCUGCUGAUUAGAGAUGAAGGGGGCCCCCCAGAGGCGCAGUUCGCUAUGUGGGUGGACGCUGUCAUAUUUGUCUUCAGCCUGGAGGACGAGAUCAGUUUCCAGACCGUGUACCACUACUACAGCCGGAUGGCCAACUACCGCAACACCAGCGAGGUGCCGCUCGUGCUGGUGGGGACCCAGGAUGCCAUAAGUUCCACGAACCCGCGGGUCAUCGAUGACGCCAGAGCGCGGAAGCUCUCCAACGACCUCAAGAGGUGCACAUACUACGAGACGUGUGCCACCUAUGGGCUCAACGUGGAGCGGGUCUUUCAGGACGUUGCCCAGAAGAUUGUUGCCACAAGGAAGAAGCAGCAGCUGUCCAUCGGCCCCUGCAAGUCCCUGCCCAACUCUCCCAGCCACUCCUCCGUCUGUUCUGCACAGGUGUCUGCCGUGCACAUCAGCCAGACAAGUAAUGGCGGCGGGAGCCUAAGUGACUACUCCUCCUCUGUCCCAUCGACCCCAAGCACCAGCCAGAAGGAGCUUCGGAUUGAUGUGCCUCCCACUGCCAACACCCCCACGCCUGUGCGGAAGCAGUCCAAGCGCCGGUCCAACCUCUUCACCUCUCGGAAAGGGAGCGACCCAGACAAAGAGAAGAAAGGCUUGGAGAGCCGCGCGGACAGCAUCGGGAGCGGCCGAGCCAUCCCAAUUAAACAGGGCAUGCUCUUAAAGCGAAGUGGCAAGUCACUGAACAAGGAGUGGAAGAAGAAAUACGUCACCCUGUGUGACAACGGCGUGCUGACCUAUCAUCCAAGUCUGCAUGAUUACAUGCAGAAUGUUCACGGUAAAGAGAUUGACCUUCUGAGAACCACUGUGAAAGUCCCAGGGAAGAGGCCACCCCGAGCCACGUCGGCCUGCGCGCCCAUCUCCAGCCCCAAAACCAAUGGCCUGUCCAAGGACAUGAGCAGUUUACACAUCUCACCAAAUUCAGGGAAUGUCACUAGUGCGUCUGGGUCUCAGAUGGCAAGCGGCGUCAGCCUGGUCUCCUUCAACAGCCGACCCGACGGCAUGCACCAGCGCUCCUACUCAGUCUCCAGUGCCGACCAGUGGAGUGAGGCUACGGUCAUUGCAAACUCGGCCAUCAGCAGUGACACAGGACUGGGUGACUCCGUGUGCUCCAGCCCCAGUAUCUCCAGCUCCACCAGCCCCAAGCUCGACCCGCCCCCCUCCCCCCACGCCAACAGAAAGAAGCACCGAAGGAAGAAAAGUACCAGCAACUUCAAAGCCGAUGGGCUCUCUGGCACUGCUGAAGAACAAGAAGAAAACUUUGAGUUUAUCAUUGUGUCCCUCACUGGCCAGACCUGGCACUUUGAAGCCACCACAUAUGAAGAACGAGAUGCGUGGGUCCAAGCCAUCGAGAGCCAGAUCCUAGCCAGCCUACAGUCCUGCGAGAGCAGCAAGAAUAAGUCCCGACUGACCAGCCAGAGUGAGGCCAUGGCCCUGCAGUCCAUCCGAAACAUCCGCGGGAACUCCCACUGCGUGGACUGCGACACCCAGAAUCCCAACUGGGCCAGUCUGAACUUGGGAGCCCUCAUGUGCAUCGAGUGCUCUGGCAUCCACCGCAAUCUGGGCACCCACCUCUCCCGGGUCCGGUCCCUGGACCUCGACGACUGGCCCAUUGAGCUCAUCAAGGUGAUGUCGUCCAUCGGGAACGAGCUGGCCAACAGCGUCUGGGAAGAGAGCAGCCAGGGGCGGACGAAGCCCUCCUUGGACUCCACGAGGGAGGAGAAGGAACGGUGGAUCCGGGCCAAAUAUGAGCAGAAACUCUUCCUGGCCCCACUGCCCUGUACUGAGCUGCCCCUGGGCCAGCACCUGCUGCGAGCCACCGCCGAUGAGGACCUGAGGACAGUCAUCCUGCUGCUGGCACACGGCUCCCGGGAGGAGGUGAACGAGACCUGCGGGGAGGGAGACGGCCGCACGGCGCUGCACCUGGCCUGCCGCAAGGGCAACGUGGUGCUGGCACAGCUGCUCAUCUGGUACGGGGUGGACGUCAUGGCCCGCGACGCCCACGGGAACACGGCGCUGGCCUACGCCCGGCAGGCCUCCAGCCAGGAGUGCACCGAGGUGUUGCUGCAGUACGGCUGCCCCGACGAGCGCUUCGUGCUCAUGGCCACCCCCAACCUGUCCCGGAAGAACAAUAACCGGAACAACAGCAGCGGGAGGGUGCCCAGCAUCAUCUGAGAGCGGCGCCCCUGCCCACCGCGCCGGGGACCCCGCCUCGCCGUCCACUCUCGGAAGUCACAGCUCGUGAGUCCUGUCACGUCCCCUCCCUCUUCCUGGUGGCCACCUCCCGCCCAACCACCCACCCACUCACCCCCAGAAACCUCCCAACCCGGACACCCUCGAGGGUGGAAGAAGAGGCCAGGAGGCUGCAGAGGCGGUUCCUUUCGACGGACUCCCGACGCAGCACGGGGGAGACCACGCCUCGGGUCCUUGACGAUAGCACACGGCGUGGGACCCCUGCCCCGGUGGCCCCUGGACAGAGCAGGGCACGAGGGACGAGGGCCAGGAGCGGGUGGGAGGUGAGGAGCGAGGAGCAGGGGCACCUCCCCUACUGGCAGUUAAGCACAUGAGUCCAUUUCACCUCCACCCAACGGAGCGCCCGGAUCUCAUCUCUUCUCCGAGGAGCUUGACGGCAUAAAUCAGGAGCCAGCCCAGAGUUUGUCAGGUCUGAAGCCCCUAUGAUGGUAUGUGUCAAAUCAGUUGUAGCUAAUCUGUCCAGGGAGAAUACUGGCUUCAUUACGCUUGUAUAGUUGAGUUCUUCCAGCAUUACCGCUGUUUAAUAGGACAUGAUUACUCAUCACUGAGGAGAGAGCACAUUAGCCGAGGAGGUAGUCACGGGCACGCUCCGGUGAUUGCGCGAUGUGAUUGCAAUACUCUGAGAAGCAUCGUAUUAUCCCAGGCAUGUUCUUUCGAGCCCUCGGAGCCCUCCUUUCUAAAUUCACUGUCAUAAUUUAGUAUCUGUUUAAUUUUUCAGUCCAAAGAGAGGAAAUCAGUUGCUGAGUAUUAUUUGACUGCAGUCUCCUUGGUGCAAAAACAAAAUGGAAAAAAUAAAUAAGAAUAACUUGGAAAUUCAAAGGGAAACGGUGAAUCUAGCUGACAGCAGCUUCUUGAGUGCAUUUGGUAAACUAAGUAAAUAGAUAAAAGGCUAUUUUUUUUUUUCCUGAAAGUGAGAGAGAUUUUCUGUCCUUUGGCCAAGGUGGAUGUGCCGGGCCUCAGUCACUCCCAGGCCGCACGGCCUGCCUUACCCAGGCUUCUGUCCUAGGUCCUUAGGUAAGAUGUGUGAAAAUCUAUUUGAAUAAAAGAAGUUCAUAAAUAUGCAUUGAUUUUUGUACAGACAAAUGGCACCUCUGUUAAUUUAUAAAUUGAACUGGAUGUGAACUAAUAAUGUGCAACUAGUUGAGAUAAGAGGGUUACAGAUCAUUGUACAUGGAAAAUAUUCCCAGCAGUAAACACUUCCAUUAAUGUGAUAUACAGCCUUUAAAAAGGAACAGAUCAAAAUAAGAUGGUGGUACAAUUUGCUUAUUAAAAUCGAGAAAGGGAAGAAAAAAGACACUGGAUCGUCUCGUAUUAGGAAGGGGGUGAAGGAGCAUGACUUCUUCUUUGAAGGUGUGUUGUAGAUCUGAGACCACUCUUGCCCACCCAGAACAAGGAGCUCUGGCAGGACAGAGGGAUUUUCUGAACGCCAGACCCUGCUCUGUGGCAAAGGCGCCUGGGGAGCAGCUGCCCGUGGUGCCAGCCCCACCUGGGUCCAGAGAACCCCGGGCAGCAUGGCACCAGGCCCUCCCCACUUUACUAGUUUGCCAUCAUGGGGUCGUCUGGGGCUUCAGACUCAGGUCCCCUUCAACGCGGUGGUCAAGGGCAGAAAAGCAAACCACGAUGCACCUUACAUUACGAAAGGGGCAGCUUUACCCAGAGCCCUGUGGCCACGUGGCCCGGAAGGAGGUCGUCACAUGGAAACACGGGGCGCUGGGCUGACGUAGCACAGGAACAUGAACCCUCUUGGCUCAGCAGCCACUGGAGAAGUCCCUUGCUCUCAUAUAUUAAACCUUAUAUUUUGUAAGAGUUUUUCCUCUUCUUUCACUUUUUAAAAAAAAAAAUUAAAGUAGGUGGGGGAAAAUAAAGCUUUACACAGAAUUUAUAUGUGGGUAAGUGUUUCACGGAGAUUUCUAAUGUUAAUUAAGCUCAGAGGAACUGACCGGUAUCCAGAACUAUCACAGGUGCAGCAAGCCACAGUUCCGAGAACCUCGACCGUGGUUCUAUAAUCCCUCCAUUUGGCUUCUAAUUCUGUGUUUCAUCACUGUGUAGUUAUUUUAAAUGUGAAUAGAGAAAAAAAUGUCAUUGCCUAUUUUUGAAGAAUACAUUAGCAUCCAGUCCCGCUAUACACAUUUGCCUCUAUACACCGUAGACCUUCUGUAGAGAACACAGAUAGAAUAUAAAUGAAAUUCUUAAAUUAUUUCAUUGUAGUUAAUUCCCACUCUAGGAAUGCUUUAUCAUAGUGGAGCCUUCUUUUGAAAAGAAACGGAAUUCCCUGUAAGGCUUCUCUUGGGAUGUAUAUGAGUGUGUACAUACUAUAUGUGUUUAUAAUAUAAUAUUUUCCCAAAUGACUUCUUGUCUCACUUCACCUUCCACAGCCUGAGUGCUGGACCCAUUCCCUCCCACCCUCCUGCCCCUCCCUGCCAUUUGUGGCCACGUUGCCCUGGCCCAAGGCUGCCCACUUUCUGGAUCCCACAUUUUGGCAACAGAUGGAAAAGGAGCAGUGGGGUUUUAAGGAUUUCCUGUCAAAUAAAGGAGAGUGGUGGCUAAUGUGUU